UAUCUCGUCAAUCAUCGCAAUUUAGUUAGGCAAUUAACAAGCCCGAUGUACCCAUUUGAAUGUUGAAAUCUUGAUCGAAAGCAUUUUCUUGACAUGUACCGUGUAAAGUUUUGCACAGUAGGCUACCUUAUUUUCCGUAGACAGUAGCCAGGCACUUCACGCAUGUGCAACAAGGGGAAACUCCGCCUUCAUUCAUUCCUGUCCAUGCUGGAAAAGAUUUCCACACAAACUCGGAGUGCCUAAUUUAAAAAUACAGCUCACUUACACAUAAUUCACGCGUUUAGUUGAGUGACUUUUGCAAAAAUGGGUGAAAUCGGGCUUCCGCGAUGCAUGUUCCUGUGGAGUGUGGCCGGCAUAUACUUGUUUGCGUUCGCAUCUCUUUACGUCCAAAUUCCAGGUCUCUAUGGAAACGAGGGCAUUGUCCCGGUGCGCCUGGUGGUGCCUCCGAGUGACCGGCCCCUGCUGGACCAGCUGAAGGCCUCCCCCACGCUGCUGGUCCUGGGGCCACAGCUGGGUCUGGACCCCCAGCAGGCUAUGGAGCUCGUGUGCCUGCUAGGAGCGCUGCUGGCCCUGGGAGCCGUCCUGCUGCGCCCUUUGAGAAACAGCGUGGUUUUCCUGUGCCUAUGGGCACUUUACUUUUCCCUCUGUCAGGUUGGUCAAGACUUCCUUCAAUGUCAGUGGGACUCCCUGCUGUUAGAAGCAGGGUUCUUGGCCGUUGUGGUGGCUCCACUGCUGUGUGGCGGCUCUUCCCUGAAGCUCCACGACCCUCUGACCUUCUGGCUGACCCGAUGGCUGCUCUUCAGGGUCACGUUUGGGGCUGGAGUGGCUAAGCUGGCCAGAGGAGACUCUGAAUGGUGGAGCCUAUCAGCCCUGUCCCAUCACUUUGAGUCCCAGGCAAGCCCCAACCCCCUGUCCUGGUACUGUCACCAGCUGCCCGGCUGGCUGCUGAAGCUGGGAGGGGUGCUGCAGCUGGAGGCCGAGCUCAUCGCGCCGUUCCUUUUCUUCGCUCCAGUCCGCUGCCUAAGGCUCGCCGCUUUCUACCUCCAGGUGCUGCUCCAGCUGGGGAGCUUGUUGACAGGGAACCUCAGCAUCAUGGGCCUUCUGACUAUCGCACUGUGCUUCUCUCUGCUGGACGACAACCACGUGGGAGCUUGGCAGGGCCACAAGACGAAGAAGCAGAGCAAAGCUCUGAUGCAGACCAUCGGCUCCCUCGUGUCCCUUCUGCUGGCGCUGGGAGUAUUCGCCCUUAUGAUCUACAGCGCCGUGGAGCUGUUCCAGCUGCGUGUCGAUUGGGAGCAGAAGAUUGUGCUCUCGAAAACAAAGUUUACACAGCAGCAGUUUGCUGAUGUCCUGAAGUUCAUCACAGUGCCCAGCAUCUGGGUAGGAGUUCUGUCCCUUACUUGGGAAGUGGUUGCUGCUAUGCUUGGGUGUGUGUGUGCUCGAGGUGUUCUGUCCAAGCUCUGGGCUCUGCUCCAGUGGGCUAUCUUCAGUGCAGUGGCUGCUGCCAUCUUCGCACUAACUCUGGUCCCAUACACAGCCAUGGAGGGGGUCUCUAACAGUAAAAUUAUGACAGAGGUGAGGAAAGUAUAUAACCUGGUGGAACCCUACGGGUUGGUCAGUGCCUACGGCGUCGACCACAAGGCCCUCAAGGAAGACGGCAGGCCAGAGAUCAUUAUUGAGGGCAGCAUGGACCAACAGAAAUGGACGGCGAUUGAGUUCAUGUAUAAGCCUGGACAGGUGGAGCGAGCCCCGGCCCUGGUGAGCCCGUAUCAGCCACGGCUGGACUGGCAGCUGUGGGAGGUUGCUCAGGGACCGCAGGACAGCCCCUGGUUCACAGGCCUAGUGCAGCGACUCCUACAGGGCAAGAAGGACGUGGUUCGACUGAUCCAAUUGGAUGAGGCCCAGUACCCCUUCAGCCAAUCUCCUCCCACCUUCAUCAGAGCGGGCCUCUAUAAGUACUGGUUCACGGAAACAUCACAGGAUGGUGCCCAGCCACAGCACUGGUGGAGGAGGCAUUUUGUGGAGGAGUUCUACCCUGCAGUGCAGCUGGGAGACCCAGAGCUGGAGAGGAUGCUCCGUGUCCACGGGCUGAAGGAGAAGCACCCUGCCCAGCCCCUCUCCGGCUCCCUGGUGAGUCAGGCUCUGGUGCUGGUGAGGGGCCACGUCUGCACCCUCUCCGGGCCCCUGGUGCUCCUGGCCCUGAUUGCCACCGUGGCCUCCGUCUGCUUGGUCAGGUCCAUCAUGGGCCAGAAGGGCAGAGGCGCCGCCGCCGCUCCUGAGGCGAAGAGCAAGAAGGCCAAGGACCCCCAGCCGACCGCCGAGAAGAACAAGGGCAAGAAGGAGAGCUCCGAGGACAGAACACAGGACUCGGACCGCAGCCCGCGGAAGAGGAGGAAGUGAUUGGAACCUAAUGUGUUUCCUGAUGUGUUACGACCUCCCCAGAGCACAAAACAAAAACACACACACACACACACACGCACACGCACACACUCAGGGUCAUGGAAUAAUCUGGGGGGAGGUUGGAGGUCUCUAUUGGGUGAUUUGGUUUGUUUUCCUAUUUUUUUUGGACACAUUUUCACCCAUCAUUCCAUUCCAUUAUAUAUAUUGUUUGCUGUCAAAAUGUUUCCAGUUGAAAAAGUUAUAUCCCUUCUUCACACUUGCCACUUCCCUGUCCACUCAGCCCUAUCAACUGUGGAAGCUUAUAUGUCAAAACAGAUACAAGUGAAUGCUCAGGUCUAUGUGUACCAAAGACACCAUGGGGAAAGGUUGGCUCCUGUUAACCAGUGUUUCCGCCAAUGUUGAUUCGUUUCAACAUGUAAGUGGCUGCUGCCUUUAUGCUGGAUGUACAUUUUUUUUCUACUGAACACAUUCCUAACUUUGGCUCAUAAAGUUGUACAACCUUGAGUGAAGAACCACCUUCUUGGAUAUUAAAUUUUACCUGCGAGUGA